UCUCUCAGUCUCUCACAGCCCCUCUCCUGUUCCCAGGUGUUCUCCUGCCCUCUCUGCUCUCUGAUCUUCAGACGGAGGGUGGAGCUGCGGCUGCACACGGUCUCUCACACAGGGGAGAUGCCAUACAAGUGUACCUCGUGCACGGAGCAGUUCAUGCAGAAGAAGGAUUUGAAGAGUCACCUGAUCAAGAUUCAUGGAGCCCCCAAGCCCCACGCUUGCUCCUUGUGUCCCAAGUGCUUCCUGUCUCGCACGGAGCUGCGUCUGCACGAGGCCUCGAAGCAUCGCGGGGAGAAGCUGUUUGUGUGCGAGGAGUGUGGCCAUCGAGCCUCCAGCCGCAACGGACUGCAGAUGCACAUCAAGGCAAUCCACAGGAACGAGCGCCCCUUUGUGUGCGAGUUCUGCAGCCACGCCUUCACGCAGAAAGCCAACCUGAACAUGCACCUGCGCACACACACCGGAGAGAAACCCUUCCAGUGCCACCUGUGUGGCAAGACCUUCCGCACGCAAGCAAGCCUGGACAAGCACCAGCGCACUCACACAGGGGAGAGGCCCUUCCAGUGCGAGUUCUGUGAGCAGCGCUUCACCGAGAAGGGGCCGUUGCUGAGACACAUCGCCAGCAAGCACCAGGAGGGCCGGCCGCACUACUGCCAGAUCUGCAGCAAGACCUUCAAAGCGAUCGAGCAGCUGCGGGUUCACGUGAGGCGGCACAAGGGGAUGCGCAAGUUCGAGUGCACGGAGUGCGGGUACAAAUUCACCAGACAGGCUCACCUGCGAAGGCACAUGUUGAUUCACAACCGCGUGGAGAAUUACAACCCUCGCCAGCGCAGACUGCGCAACCUAGUGGUGGAGGAGGAGAAGGCAGCCCCCGCGCCACCGCAGCCCGGGGAGGGGGAGGGGCCGGCCCCCGGUGACAUCAUCAGCGUGGUGAUCCAGCCUGGCUCCAUCGUGGUGGAGGAAGUGGUAUCGACGCAGGGGGAGGAGGGCCCCGGGGAGGAAGGGGCGGAGUUCCAGAUGGUGGACGUGGUGGAACACACGCUGAUGAUGACGGACAGCUACACCGCCACGCACCACGGCACAGAGGAGGGGGAGGAGCAGGGAGGGGAGGACAAGGGGGAGAGAGACAGAGAGGCCUAGGUGAGGUGGGGGAAGCA